GUUUUAAUAACUCUAUCGUUAGCGUGAUAACAUUUAACUCACUCCCUCACUGUUUAGUAGGGUUUUGGUUUAUUGCUUUUCACCUUUUUCUCUUCGCCCAAACCAUUCCAUUUCCGUGAAGCAACACAACGUAAAACAAUUUCAGUUAUAGAGAGAGAAACUCGGAUAGAGAGAGAGAGCGAUCAUGGAUGCGUACGCGGUGCAUUUGGCCAUGGCGGCGCUCGUCGGAGCUUCUGUUGUGGCCGUGUCGGCGUACUACAUGCACCGGAAGACGCUCUCGCAGCUGCUGGAGUUUGCCCGGACGGUGGAGCUGGAGAGGGAGAAGGACGGAGCUUCCGACGGCGGUGAUUCUCCGCAGCAUUCGAAGAAGCGCCGUGGCGGCGCGAGGAGGAGGGGGAACAGCUAUAACCGCCGUGCCUCGGCGUCGCUGCCAGAUGUUACGGUGAUCUCCGGCGGGUUUGAUAAGGAGGAGAAGCACGUCGAAGGGAUUCCGCCAGGGUUGCCGCGGCUACACACGCUCCGUGAAGGAAAAUCUGCACACCCUGGUUCCUUUAAGAGAAGUCUUUUAAGACCUACCUCUCCCAAGUCUCCUGUUGCAAGUGCUAGUGCCUUUGAAAGUGUGGAAGGAUCAGACGAUGAAGAUGAUGUGACAGAGCAAGCUAAACUGGAUACUACAUAUCUGCACACAAAUGGAAAUGUUGGCCCAGAAGGUAAAAUUCCAUAUGAGACUUUACCUAAUCAUGUUAAUACUAAUGGAGAGCAGAUGGCAAUCACUGCUUCAAGUAUGAUCCGUUCUCAUAGUGUUUCUGGUGACCUGCAUGGUGUGCAGCCUGACCCAAUAGCUGCUGACAUUCUUAGGAAAGAGCCAGAGCAAGAAACUUUUGCACGAUUGAAAAUUACUCCUAUUGAGGCUCCGUCAUCUGAUGAAAUUGACGCCUACAUCAUUCUUCAAGACUGCCUUGAAAUGAGAAAAAGAUAUGUUUUUAAAGAAGCAGUUGCUCCAUGGGAGAAAGAAGUUAUAUCUGACCCCAGUACUCCAAAGCCUAACCCGGAGCCAUUCUUUUACACCCCUGAAGGAAAGUCUGAUCAUUACUUUGAAAUGCAAGAUGGGGUUAUUCAUGUAUAUCCAGAUAGAGACUCCAAAGAAGAACUUUUUCCUGUUGCGGAUGCAACUACCUUUUUCACUGACCUCCAUCAGAUACUUCGAGUCAUAGCAGCAGGGAAUAUCAGAACUUUAUGCCAUCAUAGGCUUAAUCUUCUAGAACAAAAAUUCAAUCUUCAUUUGAUGCUAAAUGCGGAUAGGGAAUUUCUUGCCCAGAAAAGUGCUCCACAUCGAGAUUUCUAUAAUGUUAGAAAAGUUGAUACACAUGUACACCAUUCAGCAUGCAUGAAUCAGAAACAUCUUCUAAGGUUCAUAAAGUCAAAACUGAGGAAAGAGCCUGAUGAGGUUGUUAUAUUUCGAGAUGGGACAUAUCUGACCUUGAAAGAGGUUUUUGAGAGUCUGGAUUUAACUGGAUAUGAUCUCAAUGUUGACCUUUUGGACGUUCACGCAGACAAGAGUACAUUUCAUCGCUUUGACAAAUUCAAUCUCAAAUAUAAUCCUUGUGGUCAAAGUAGGCUCAGGGAGAUAUUCCUCAAACAGGAUAAUCUCAUUCAAGGUCGUUUUCUUGGCGAGCUGACAAAGCAAGUGUUUUCUGAUCUUGGUGCCAGUAAAUAUCAGAUGGCAGAAUAUAGAAUAUCUAUAUAUGGUAGGAAGCAAAGUGAGUGGGACCAACUAGCCAGUUGGAUAGUAAAUAAUGAAUUGUACAGCGAGAAUGUUGUUUGGUUAAUUCAGCUUCCACGAUUGUACAAUAUAUACAAAGAAAUGGGAAUUGUGACCUCAUUCCAAAACAUGCUUGACAAUAUCUUCAUUCCACUUUUUGAGGUUACUGUUGACCCCGAUUCACAUCCUCAACUGCAUGUUUUCUUGAAACAGGUUGUUGGGUUGGAUUUGGUGGAUGAUGAAAGCAAACCUGAAAGGCGGCCAACAAAACACAUGCCUACACCUGCCCAAUGGACUAACGUAUUCAAUCCGGCAUAUUCAUACUAUGUGUACUACUGCUAUGCAAAUCUUUACACCUUAAACAAGCUUCGUGAAUCAAAGGGAAUGACAACAAUCAAAUUCCGUCCACAUUCUGGAGAGGCCGGUGAUAUUGACCACCUUGCUGCAACCUUUCUUACGGCUCAUAACAUUGCACAUGGAAUCAAUUUGAAAAAAUCUCCCGUGCUUCAAUAUUUAUAUUAUUUGGCCCAGAUUGGGCUGGCGAUGUCUCCUUUGAGCAAUAACUCCCUAUUCUUAGACUACCAUCGGAAUCCUUUUCCAACAUUCUUCUUACGGGGUUUGAAUGUUUCACUUUCUACUGAUGAUCCACUCCAAAUUCACUUGACAAAGGAACCAUUGGUUGAAGAAUAUAGCAUAGCUGCUUCCGUGUGGAAGUUGAGCUCAUGUGAUUUAUGUGAGAUUGCCCGUAAUUCGGUUUAUCAAUCAGGUUUCUCACAUGCCUUAAAGUCACAUUGGAUUGGUAAGGAAUACUACCAUAGAGGGCCAAAUGGAAAUGACAUUCACAGAACCAACGUUCCUCACAUCCGGUUGGAAUUCCGUGACACGAUUUGGAGAGAGGAGUUGCAACAGGUUUAUUUGGGCAAAGCCAUCAUUCCUGAAGUAGUAGACAAAUAAUAUGCCAGAGCCAUGUAUUCAUAUAUGAACCAUGGAGGUAUAGGUAGCAAGUGAAUCCCUCAAACCUAUCCAACGUCAGAGAUAUACUAAGGCUACAGACAUUACAGCGCUGGUUCGAUGAUAUAAACCUGAUACGUAGCAUAUAUUACUCGCAAGAUAACUGAGCUUGAGCAUCGAGCAAGGUUUACAGCUACAAAUCAAAUGGCCCUGGGAAAGUGUUUCUUUGUAUUAAAUUUGGGGGUAGAAUUAAAAUGAGUAGGGUUAGCAAUAAUUACGUGCAUAAAGCAAAUGAUGAUGCCUGUUGCUGUUAGAAAUAUAAGAUAAUAUGAUCCUUUGUUGAGAGAUUCUCUCAAAAUUUUGAUUCCUAUUGUUUGUAAAGAUGAGGGGCCUAUCAAUUCGACCGUACAUGUUCGACGAUGCAAUGGCAGAGCUAGAUAGAGGUGACAGUUGAGGUUUAUACUGAUUAUGAUAAAUAACAUGAACAAAGUUGAAU